AUGAAAAAAUUAAAUUAAUUGGUUAGAUAUCUUGUUUUUUAAGGAAAUGAAUUAAUAGAGUUUAUUGUAUUACUAAUAGGUCCAUCUGGAUCAUAAAAGACAAGGAUUGUGAUCAAAAAGAAAUUAGGGCCAACAAUUAGUAAUGAAUUAUUUAAUUAAUAGAAUUAAGCACUUAAUAAAAUUGAAUGAUAUUUAUGGAUUGAAUUUAUAUGAUACACCUGCUAUAUUUAGUUUAUUCAAAAAAUGUCUAAAUUAGAUAUUAUCUAAAGUGUUGAUAUAGAAGCAUGUUUUCCAAAUUCAGAAUAAUAUUCAGCAAUAUUAAAAGGAAUUAUUAUAAAAUAACACAAAAUUGUUCAAAUAGAUUCCAUUUUAUGAUAUUCCAGGAGAUUUGGAAUCAAAAGAAAUAAGAAAUAAGACAUAUCUAUAUAUUUUAUAUAAAGUAAAAUAAAAUCAAAAAAGCCAAGUUAUAAUUAAGCAAUUGCAUGAUUUCGAUUAAUUUAUUGUUUAUGUUUUUGAUAUUAAUUGA